AUGCGCGACGGAAUCGUAAUAGCGGGCGGAGAGAUGCGACUUUGGAUGUUGUCGCUUUCGAUCACACUCUCUAUGUUCUGCUGGCUGAAUGUGGGCGUAGCGGCGGCCGAGGAUCAAGCCCUCCCCAACUUGGACACACUUUACCGGAUGUCGCAGCAGUCCAGGGGGGUUGGGUUGUUGAAGAUGUGUCCGCCGGGCGGAGAGGCCUUUACAAAUGCUUGGCAAAUGACUUGUGGAAUGCGACGACGGAAGCGAAGUACGUUGCCAAAUGAGGACGAUAAAUCGAGAGGUAAUUGUGGCUUAAAUUAUUUAUAACUCCUGGAAAUGUAUCAGACAUAACCAAAGAAUUAUGUCGGAGAGAAUUUUUAUUGUAAUUGCGCUUACUCGAAGUCGAAUUUCCAGUAGAUUUACUAUAACUAAACUACGUAUUAACUUUAAAUCUUUAUUAAUUAUGAUGACUUACAACCGAAACAAAGACGUCAGUGCAUAAAAAUGCUUUUUAUUACUUAUCUUUGGAAUUACCUGCCUUUUUGAUUAAUGUCAUCACGUAUCUUGUACCUAAUCCUCUUCCAGGAUUUACUAAAUUAUAUAAUAUUGUGUAACGACUCUUUUACAAAGCUAUCCCUGGAUCUAAUUAAGUCUACUUUUGACGGUAAUGGACUGUACUUUGGUAUGAAUUUCGAUUUUGAAAGAGACCAACCAAACAGAAAAAAGGAAACGAUUUUUUUGAGUGAUACAAAAGGGUUGUAUAACCCAUUGUAAAUGAGAAAAGAGUAAACUCAACGAGUUCAAACAACCAUUCAAAAUAUGAAAUUUAAAGUCAGACAAAUUGAACAUGCAUACAACCCCUAAUUAUACUGUACUUGCAGCCAAACGCGACUACCGGCCACUCAGUCUGACGGAGAUGAUGCAAUUUUGCUGCCAGUUCAGCUGCUCCUUCCGCGAUCUGAUGCCUUAUUGUGAUCCAUUUGGUCAAUGGGACUCGUAA